UGGACAAUCUUUGCCGACUCCUCGACAAUCUAUAAACGCCACUACUUGCACUCUUUGGGCAGGGCAAGGCACUCACUUGGAGUGGGCGCAAUUUGAUCAGGUCCCAUAACCGAGUGGGCGCAAUUGGACGAGCCGAUCACAUCCCAUAACCAGUCCUCGCGUCCGUGCGGGCAACCCGUUCGCAUGGUAGAGGAGAUUCCAGGUGGGUGAAAGGAUUGUCAGGACAGGGGGUAGGAAGGCAAGACCGAAAAUAACCCUAACUUGUGUGUGUGUGUGUGUGUGUGAGAGAGAGAGAGAGAGAGAGAGAGAGAGAGAGAGAGAGAGAGAGAGAGUCGGACCUCCGUUAGUACAGCUGGUCCAGGGGCCGGUGUUUGUUACUUACGAGCUGGUGCUUGCUUUUCUAGGCGGGCAGCUGGACGGCAUGACCUGGGGAGAUGAACGAUUCAUCGCUUGAGUGAUUGGCAUCCAUUGAUUAGUGACUGAACAUAGGUUGCUGAACGCGGAUUGAUUGAUUGUCUAUUGAUUGGACUCGUUGGUUUGGCCGACCGGGCUUUAUGGUGGACAACCAAGAUGCUGAAGUGCAGUCAUUGAGCAUCCGAAUUGCUUGAGGCGUAGGCAAAUCUCUAAAAGGGAAAACUGGCAACAAGUGUUUAGAGCUCUCGUGACGGCAGGAUUGGUAGUAGAGUGUUCGUCUUGAAGGGUUGUCGUGUUGCGUUACAACACAAGUCGGUUUGGAUGGUGCGGCAGGGUCGCAACAUAUGGUAAUUGCAAUCAAUUAGCGCUGAGAGCAAAGCAAGCGCAUAACAUAACGAAAGCCUACAGAGUGCAGUUGCGUGAGUGCUUGUGCAAUCCGCACGGCCAAGUGAAUGAUUCAUGUAUUCAAAUCAUCGCGGCCCGACACGCCGCGUGCUGUGGGUGACGUGUCCGGUUGCUGCUGCCCCAUUUUUUUCUGACCAGCGUUAGCGAACGAACGUCGGUUCGUUCUUCCCUCGUCUGUGUUGCCUCAGUCCGUCAAUACCCAGUGUGCUUGUUGCGCCCUACCCUCUUCGAUCUCCUGUCGUGGACGCAGCGUUACUCCAAGAUCAAGAUAUUAUCGUCCAUCCUGUCUUCCUGCCAUCUGAGGGUCAGUUCGGAAGGUUUUAUUUUUGAUCCUCUCUCAUUCUUUCUCCUUCAGGAACCCUUGUUUUACGAUGGUGGUUGCGGUUGCUGCCGUUUUGUUGUCGACGCACAUUCCUAGUGCUGUGACGCCUCUGUUUGAAGAUAGUAAUCAUCAUCAUCAUCAUCAUCACCACCAUCAUCAUCAUCAUCAUCAUCAUCAUCAGCAGCAGCAGAACCAUCAUCAUCUGAGCAACGGCCAACUGACGGCGGAGAUGUUUGACGACGGCUCGUGCGCGGCGUCUUCAAUUGCCCGUCGUGUUGCCGGUUCUUCCGCUUCUUUAGCGACGCCUUCUCACGUCCAUACUCCUCCUCCGCAUCAUCAUCAUAAUAGUAGCAUCUAUCUGACGCAGCAGCACCACUAUCACCAGCAGCAACGCGCUGCGCAUCCGGCGACAUCUCCAGUCGUUGUGGCGGGAGCGCUUCGCGUUUUUCCUAAAGUGAGCGGAAGCCUGUCCUCUGCUGUCGUCCCUAGCGUCGGGGACUUGAGUAAUAGGCGCGUGUUGUCCUCCGCAUGUUGCUCGCACUUCGCGGUGUCGGCCACCGUCAGCUCACUACAGGCGGCGUCGCCGCCGCUUUCCGCCGGACCAUGGGGAGCGUCAGCAUCUGUCGGCGGCGGCGGGGGCCUUGAUUGCAGCAGCGUCGUUCCGCAGUACGCGACGAAAGAAGUCGGAUUCAACAAUGCUAACAGCGGCGCCGCGAGAGUUGGCUUCAGUAGCCGAGGAGGUAGGGACGUUCUGGCGAAAGGCUCGUCGACGACCGCCUUCAGGUCUUGGGAAUCGGAGAAGUACUCCUCCUCGAAUUCGCCGACCCAAUCUCCACCUCCUCCUGUGGUGCCGUCGUACCUCUCCCCGCCCAACGCGAGUGAUCGCGCCGAUGACGUUAGCUUGCAUAAUCCCUUGCGCCGUCUAGAGAGGCUGGGCUGCGGCUGGUUGGGACUAAUAGUGGAGUGGGAGGGGGUAGUUGUGGAAGACGACCCCGUUACGGAAUCGAAAGCUUGGGAGGCUCUUGCAGAACAGGAGGGGAGGCCGAUGCCCAUGGCGUUCAUGAUGCGCCGGGCGGAGGGUAUGAAAAACGAGCAAGUGCUGUCGCAAGUCCUGUGCUGGGCGCGGGACCCGAGAGAGAUACGACGGCUAGCGAAGAGGAAGGAGGAGCUAUACGAGGAGAUGUUGACGUCUCGGAGAAGGAUGAACGUUGUCUUACCUAUGGUGUUGGACUUCAUCCGGUCGAUGAAGAAGCAUGGUGCGCCGGUGGCGCUUGCGUCAACGAGACCUCGGGCUUUCGUGGACAAAGCGCUUCAGAGAUCGCGAAUCGAGCCCGCCAUCUUCGACGUUAUCGUGACGGCGGAAGAUGUAGAGCGCGGGAAACCUGACCCAGAAAUGUACCUUUACGUCGCACAGGUGCUGCGGAUGAUACCCGAAAGACUCAUCGUCGUCGGAAAUGCGCACUCCAGCAUAGAGGCCGCUCACGAGGCGGGAAUGAAGUGUGUGGCGGUUGUCGGCCGACACGCGGCGUACGAGCUCCACGAAGCGGAGGCGGUUGUACGGCGCCUGAGCGACCUGUCUUUCCAGCACUUGAUGAGCUUGGUCAGUCAGGAUCCUCGUGGUGGGCUGAACGGCCUCGCAACCCCCGAGCUGCAGCCAGAACUCGAGGAGACGCCACAGCCACUGCCACGCGUCUCGUUUGCUGACUGGUGACCCCUCGUCCUCUCCUUUCGCUGUGAGCCUAUGUGAUGAUGAUGGUGAUGAUGAUGAUGAUGAUCUUUCGCUUUGAGCCUGCUGUCGAAUGGAGGAUUGAGUUUUCCAAGAUGGACGAGCCGGUGUCGGGACCUCGGACGAAAUUGUCAAAUAUGUGAUGAUGAUGAUGAGGAGGAGGAGGAGGAUGUGCAUGCAGUACUCUUGAUUUGAUUGUUAUUGAUUGAUUGACGUAGGCGAUUGAUUGAUUGAUUGAUUGAUAGAUUGGGUGGUUUAUUGGUUGAGGAAUUGUUGGUCACCGCUGCCGCUGCGGUGGAAGAUCCUUGGCGAGUUGAAAACUGCCACUGCUAUGAGCGUGGAAUCACGGUAGCUGCCAUUGAGACAAGGUGUGAAGCACUUGGCAGAAGGAAGACGGCGUUCGAUGUCGUGACGACAUGACGCCCGUUGAACUUGUAUGCAGCACCGAGCGCGUCAACUCCUUCCCACAGACUGAAAAUUUCAGAUUUCGUUUCUGGUGUCCACCCGCCGUGAAUUUCUCGGGCUAUCUUGUAGGGGUAGUAGUGUUCGUGCUCGUGCUCUACCAUGGACAGGCAGGUGCAUUCCUGUCGUCGUGGGGGAAGGCGAUCACUGAAGGAAAGGGGCAGCAGAGUUGUGCAAGGGUCAACGCUCACUGGAGAGGGAGAGGGGGGGGCGGGGCGGCAGUUGUGCAAGGGUCAACGGUGGAUAUAGGUGGUGGAUGAGGCAGGCACGUGUCGGCUGCUGCUGCGAUCACCAAAGCUUUCAGAACGCAUCUGGGCGCGCGGACUUCCGCAUGCAUAAGCUUGGUGGCUUCCGGUCACCAGAAGUUGCACCUGCGUCAAUUCCUGACGACAGAAGCUUAAGUGAGUGGAAGGAUAGAAAGCUGACGUCAAAUGAUGAAGGGAAGAUCGAAUUUCUGUUGUAAGGGAAGGUCGAGAUUCUGUUGAUGUCCGUUGACUUCUGUUGAACGUUGACCAGUCUGAGAGCCACCGUUCGCCGAGAUGAUGCGCACCGGUGGGCUGGGGGGGGGGGGGAGAGAGAGAGAGAGAGAGAGAGAGAGAGAGAGAGAGAGAGAGAGAGAGAUCGCCCCUGUCCAUAUAGAUCGUCCGUCUGAGAGCUCGGGGUGGUCGUUAGCAGCGAGUUUGACCGUAUUAAGCCUCUCUGAUAAUUGGACGUGGGUAGGAGUAUUUGCUUUCUGUACAAUGCCAGCAGAAACAAGGAAACUACCGUCUUCCCUCGAAUAGAACGUGCGGUCAUGAUAGCCGUAAAUAUCUAGAUUAAAAGUUGCUGUUGAUGUCCGUCCGUUCUAUUCGGGGGAAGAACGGUAGCAGCCUGUCGUAGUAGCCGUGGAGAUGUCCCGUCAACGGGAAGGACGAUGUAGGAGCUUGUGUGAUUUUAGUAAGUCGACAGUCGAACGAGGCCCUCGUCAGAUCGAUCAAGGACAGUCCAAUGAGGAACGACAGCGCGGCUGUGUACAGUAUAAAGCAA